AUGAUGGUGUCCCUACUGUUCGUUUGGCUGACACCCAUCUCUGCCCAAGCAACAUGGCAUUUCAACAACGCUCACACUCACUUGUACAGCAAGCAUCACAUAGACUCCAACACAGUCGACAACUUGACAGUGCUGAUCGCCGCUACGGAUCGCCCUGUUCCCUGCAGUCCCGCGCAUCCUACGGUGCCUACGUGCUCGCUUCUCCUCACUUACACGCACAGCUCUCCAGCUUUCGUCCACCAUGAAACCCCCCAAUCUCGCGGGCCUAGCCACCGUCUGCACAUCAUGUCGCACUCUCUCCCUUUCUGCGCAGUACCUCUCCGCCGAGGGAAUACAACGUCAAAACUCACAACUCACUUGUAA